UGGUGAUUCUUUUGGAAAAGUUUUGUACAACGGCCGCCAUGACAGCUGAUGUCUUUCCCAGCACUUGACGUUUAGUCGGAACAUGACAUUUUGCAGAUCUAAUUUUGACAAAUGGCAGACUCUUUUUUCGGAUUUGAUACAACACUUACUCAGGGUAGUGGCUUAGAAGAUGCUAUAGAUGGCCCACCUGAAGAAGAAGAUCUUGGUGAAGAAGAAGAAUAUGAUGCGUUAAAUGAUGAAACAUUUGGCUCAGAUGCAGCAAUUGGAGAUUGGGAACAAGAUCAUGAAAAAUUAGCUCAAUUAACGGAAUCUAAGCGACAUCAUCAAAAUUUACCUCUAAACAAGAAUGGAGUUGACGUGGACAUUGAAGAAAGUUUGUCACACUUGGUAUUGGACGAGAAAGAUGGUACUACACCAAGGCCUGGUGUAUGGGACAGUCCCUCCAGUCUUCCUUUAUCCCAGUCCCAGCCACCGCGUCCUUUGUCAACCGCCUUAAAAAAUGCCCGCACGGUUGAAGAGCUAGAACGUGGACUUAUGGCAAAUAGACCUCCUCCAGGACUCAGUAAAUUACCACAUCAUCCAUCGCAGCAACAAUCGGGCGGGCCAUUUCUAUUUGAUCCAUUACCGCUGAAUGAACAACUUCAGAUCAAUGGCAUACCGCCACCACGGUUUCCCCCUGGACUGGGCUUACCUGGACCACAUCCUGUUGUUAUACCUCCCAAUGUGCGACUACCGCACCCACAGUUCAUGCAGAAUCCCAGACUGAUAUCCAAUCAAGGUGCAAACAUGCUGAGAUUCCAUAUGCCCCCACAUUUAAUGAUGCAGCAUGGAAAUCAGAGACAGCCACAUCAUGGCUCAUUCAAUUUUCCGCAACCGCCUCAUCCGAACAUGGGGCCACCACCAUUUUUGCGCCCCGAACAUCCGAUGAUGACACCAUUUUCUAACAAUCAAAUGAAUCAUCAACAACACUCUGGUCCUCACUCGGGAAACCAGCGAAAUCAAAACAACAGAUCGUUUCAUUCCAACGAGCAGCAAGGAAAUCCUCAACCGUUUUUCAAAAAUAAUCAAUAUCCACACCAAAAUCAGCGAAACAAUCAGCGAUAUCAUCAUCAUCAGCAUCAUCUCCAAGGAAUGAACGGCAUUGGUGGUUCUGGAGAAUACGAUGAAUAUGCUGGUCUAAUGAGUAGUCGUGAGAAGCAGUGGUUGAUUAAUAUUCAAUUAUUGCAGCUUAACACUAACCAACCAUAUAUUGAUGAUUACUAUUACACCGUGUUUUGCGAUAGACAAAAUAAGCAAAAUGAAAAUCAAGACCAGAAAGACAGGAAGCAUCACAAUAACAAUGGAUACCACAGAGAUUCAAGGGACAGAGAACAGCCUCAGCACGUUCUCACUAAAGUUGUGUAUACGCCAACGCAGUUUGAAAAUUCCUUGGGAAAACUACAAUGCGGUAGUGUAACAGCACCACGCAAGAUAAUCGAUAUGGAUGUUGUUCCGAACAAUGAUCCUCAACAAGUCCCUCCCCCACAACAAAAGGACACAAAAAAGACCCGUCAACUACUACUAGAGAUCGAAAGGCUGUACACGUUGCAAUUGAAACUGGAGGACAUGAGUAAUCCCCUGGCUUUAUUAGCCGAACAGCAACAACAGCAGCAGCAACAACCAGAAGGUGAAACUGAAGUAAAGCCACCCAAGAAAACGAAACCAGAAUUAAUUAGUACAUUGCUAGCGUCUCUUCUUCAACUGCUUCGGGAUGACAAGUUGGCUAGCAUGCUCAGCAUUCGUAAAGGAAAGACAUUACUACUUCGGUUUUUACCAUACCUAAGUGUGACAGAAAGCUCAAAUCAGUUAAGUGAACUGUGGAGCACAAUCCUUCGCGGAUUGGCAGUAAUUGGCCGUAGAGAUGCUCACUUGCUGUCCAACUUUUAUCCAGAAUUUCGUAGAUGGAUACAAACCAUAACGGAUUUCUCAGUACUACAACGUCUGGCCCGAGGACUCACCGAAUCUGUUAAUCAACCUACAAAAAACAACAGUUUGGCUUUUGCCCUCACUAACAAGUUUGGUGUAUCCGUAAUCGCUUCGGUUCUCGAGCAAGCCGAAGCACUAUUUCCUGUAGAAGACUCCGUAGCGUGUGAAUGGUCAACAUUCGUUGUCUCUAUCGUGGAAAGAAUCGGUGCAACACCGCCAAGUGUUGCACCCUGUCAUCCAAUAGCUGCAAACACGCUUAAUCAGCAUUUGAACCGGAUUCGCAGUUUAAAAAUGGAAAGGUACGCGCCGCUAGAACUACUGUUAACCGACGCGAAUCCCUUGCGAUAGUUUGAGACUUCAAAGUGUGUCAUUUGUCUCCAAGUUUGUUUCGAUCUUGUUUCUUAGGGAAAGGAAAAGGGAACGAAUGCUAUGCAAUAAUGUGAAUUUAUAGAUAAAACUUUAAGUGCCCAUGGCGUCCGAUUGAUCCUUAAUCGUAAUACAUAGAUAAGCGUGCUGGAUACCAAAGCUUUUACAGUGUUCAUUAAACUACAGUUCGUUGAGAAGUACGAAUCGGUAUAAAAUUUUGGAAAAUCGCUUUAUCGCUGAUUGAUUAUUACCGCGUGUCAUAUCAGCGGCAUCGUGAUCAAACGGAAUUGAAUUGUUUCUCGUGAAGAUUUCCUUGUUAUUGUACGUAUUUCUAAGAAUUUUAAAUAAGUACACGAGUACGUUGGUGUAGAAAAGUCACGAAGCAUUAGACAUGUGAUAAACUCUACGGUCUAAUACUGAUAUAUAAUUUUAAAAAUAAAACAUUAAACACAUGGGUAUGGCGUUACCAAUGAGAUACAGAAUUUUCGUUUGAUUUCUAAUAACGAGCUGAUAAGAUUUAUCAGACAACGCAAUUAAUGCGGUCAUUAGUUAAUUACCGUGUAUAAAAUUGGUAUCUAGCACUCUUAACUGCACGUCCCUUCUUUCUCUUUUUCCUAAUUCCCCGAUGAUUUUGUACUGUACAAAUUCUAGAUUAUGUAUCAAUGAGAUUUAAUUUCAAAACAGAGUAAGACGAUCAUCGGUGUAUAUGUUUUCAUCUUUGAUAAUAUAAAAGAGUAUCCUAAAAGCAUACAAUAGGCCUUAACAUUCUUUCCCCAUUACACCUUCCUACGAAUUUCAAGAAACCCAUUAGAUUACUUACGAUAGCGAUAAUAGAUCAGUUUCAUUCACUGCCUCUGUUUUGUCGAUAAUUGAACUUCUUUGAUAUAAUACAGUAAGGUUGUAGCUGAGGUUAAUGUUGAUACGGCUUUUCUAGGUUUUCUAUUCGAAAUGAUAUUUCGUCACAAUUGUAGUGUUAUCCUAUAAUGUUAAUGUAAUAUAUGGAAAGUUAGGCACGCAUUAGAUUUGGCUCGAAAGUAAUGAAUUCAAUAAUCGCAAAAAGACUUAAUGAAGUAAUUAAGAUCUUACUGAAUUAGUUAUCGUAAGUCGUACGUUUCUAUCAUUGUACUUUUUUUUAAUUACGAGAAAGAAAAUUUUUUACAUGUGUAGGCCGCACGAUUCGCGAUGGAAGAUACGAGAUUUUGUUAAGCCAGAAUCGUAACGUUUCCGGCUAAAAUAAUGAAGUUGGUGUUGCUAUAAUAUUUGUUGUAUCGAAGAUGCAAGAAAAGCAAAACAGCAGUACGAAAUACGAAUCAGUUUUUCUUCAUUCGUAUUAAUUUUCUUAAUUACCAGUAAUUUCAUAUUUGCUUAUUGCUGCAUGCAUAUAUCGGCAAUCUACAAUAAUAGUACACUUUCUUUUGCAUCGAUCAUGAAAAAGUAUACAUUUAAUACUAGAGCUAACGAUUAAUUAAUCAAUAUGAUUUAAUUAAAGUAUCAAUCGAAAGGAUUUUUUAUUAUGAUUAGAUUAAAGCGGUAAUGACGUUGACUGUGCUGUAAUUAUAAUAAUCAUGAAAGCCCUGUCAGAUUAAGUAGCAUUUCAUGGGCAAAUUUGAAACGGAAUAAUAUUUAUAUUCUCUCUCAUAAUAGAAACUAUAUUCAUAUUCUCAGGCGAUUACCUUACUUUUACCACUUUUGUCUCAUCUAGAGGGAACAACGUAAACUUGUCACUUUAUCAUGUAUCACAAAGUUCAUAAGAAUCGCUUCUCCACGUGCUAUCAUGGCUAUUAACAUGAAAUUUACACGUAUCACUAGUUCAUUACACAAUUGAGUUUAUUGCUUUGAAUAUUAUUACAAUAUUAUUGUAUGUAUGUCUAGUUUGUAUAUAGUUUGGUACCGACAGUCCAUUAACGGAUUUACAUAUUUUGUGAGUAGACGCAUUUUUAAAUUUGAUUUCGCAAGAAGGAUAUGCAUAACGUCCAAUCCAAAGUUAAAAGAAAAAAAUAAACGAAGCUAAUUAAUGCACUUCAUAUUUAAAAAUAAUUGUAUCGAUCGCUCGACCGUUAUUACAAAGACAAACCACAAAGACGCUAUGCACUUGCGAAUUAAAAUUAAAUGAUUAUUGCGAAUGCGUCGAUUAAUAAUUCGAUUAAAGUAUAGUUUUAUCCGUAUAAUAUAAUACUCAUGGAUUCAUACGCGACUAGCGUGAACAACAGAGCUUUUGGUGCCAGCGGCCAUUUUAUAAUUAAAUAAUUGAACAUCGCUUCUUCAUCGGUAUAAAGUAUAAGAACGCUGGAGAAUAUUAUAAUUUUAAUGUGCUAUCAUUAGCAGCAAGGCAUGUUUUUUCUUUGCUUUGAUCAGUGCGAGCGAAAGGAAAUAAUAAUGCCGGGCUCCAGCGAUUUCUCUCUUGUUGUCUCUGUGAAAAGAUGUUCCGUAAUUAUUGAUCUGACAGGUGCUUUAUUGCAGUGCGCCUGAAUCCGUGUAAAAAUUCUGCGGAUUCUAACGAUUAUGAUUUCGAUGAUUUAUCGAGAGUCGCCGUUAACUCGUAACCACGUAGUAAAACCAAAAAAUGAAAUAGUGUUCGGAUGAUUCCAGAUUGCAAUGUAAAAGUUAGAGAGACAAAUUCAAAAUACGAAACAUAUUCAUUGGACUAACGUGACGUUGUGGGACCGUGAUCAUUUUUACCACGUGACUGAUAUAUAUAUAUAUAGUGCGUGACGUAUAAUUAGAAUUUAUGAUUCGUGCACUAUCGAUAACCUCACAAACGAUAUCAGAACGAAAGACUACGAGACUACGCGAAGUAGUAGAUAUUAUAAGUUAUUAAGCUGUAUGGAAUUAAAAUGUAAGUCCUAACUGGCUCAUUGGGUUACGCUAUAUUCUUCUUACAAUGUAACCGGGCAAGUGAACACAGCGUUGAAUAAGAUAUUAGAAGAAAGAAGUAAAAAAGCGAUACUUAAAUUUUAUCAUUUUUGAGGUGUAUGUAGAAUCAUGUUAUCUUUCAUAAUUUUGUAUGCUAAUCAGUUUUCAUCUUGUAUAUUCGUUAACCAUGUUCAUACGCGGUUGGGACUUACAUUUCCAAUAGAUAGCAGCUUUUUAAGCAGAGAAUGAAAAAAAAGAAAAUAUUGCAAUGCUUAGACCGAAAAAACUUAUGUAAAAUCACACCUGGACAAGUUUGCCUCGCAUGUGCCUCGACCGUAUCUAUUUGUUAAUAUGUUUCAAAAUAAUAGACGGUUGUUGGGCGACUAACGAUAUCAAAUGAUUAAAUGUUGAUUCAUUGUGCGACUUUUCCAUUUAUGGUUAUUGUCAUACAUUAGAAUAUUAUAAUAAAUGAAUAGAUACGAUAACACUGUAUACGGACAAUGCCUGUUACGUUUGGCUAUUGCUGUAACAGCGUGUACAUUAAAAUGCGUAUCUACGCGUGGCGCGAAAUCUUUCACGUUAGAUGUUCGAAGAGAAUGAGAAAAAAGAAAAUACUUGAAUAACACAAUGUUGGAUAUCACUUUGAUAAAUCGGGCGAACUUUAUCGCGUGCUAGUUGGAAAAUUUUUUAAAGCUGUAUAAUAGACAAAUACGAAAAGCACUCUAAGGAUCUUGCUUAGCACGAGAAAUAUUAGCACAUUAGACACAUUGUCUAAACAGCUUUUGACAUCGUAUAUGAAAUCGAUAUACAAAAACUAAUUCAUAAUCACACACGGAAAACAAAAAUAUGAAAAGCAAAAUUUCCUUUGUUAAUUCUUGUAUCAUUUUAAUUAUUAACGAUAAGAAUACGUUUAUUUAAACUAAAAAGCGGACACGAGAGAAAUCAGUACGGUUAAAUAAUGUUAAUUUAAAGAUUCGUUUGAUUUUUUUUUUUCCUUUUCAAAGAAUUCAGAUGAACUCGUAUGCAAAAUAAGAGUAUGAAGAAAAGUCUUAACUAAUGUCGUCGAAAAUGGUUGAAUUGAAUCAUUAAGUUUAACUUUAAUUAGAUUAGAGAUAUAUUUUUAUAGAGAUACUACGUUUAUUACGUUUAAAUCUAGCGAAGAUAACAAAGUUCUAAGAUUAAGGGGUAAUCAUUUAUUUUACAAGUCUUAGGUACAUGGCAAAGUUUACUGUAUAUCUGCCACGUACUUUGGCGAUACAAGAUCGUACGGAAAACGAACUAAGGAAAGAAA